AACACUACAUGAUCAAAGGUCAAAGAAAUGCAAUUUACAUAAAGUCUUCUUCAUAGUAAAAAAAACAUAGAUUUUGUUAUGUUUAGAAAAAAUUAACGUACAUGUAUUAACGACAUAAUCAAAAGCUUAAUUCACAAAAUGACUUCUUUAACUCUAUCCAACUGUGUAACCCCUGUUAAAAGAAAACGUGGUCGACCACGUUUAUAUCCGAUUCCUUCCUCAACGGUAGAUCCAAUUUUUUCAUCCCCUGUACCUGAAGUAUCUGUAAAUGACGUGGCUGCGGAGUGUCGAGAAAAAGUACAGUCAACAACGUGUCAACGAGAUUCCGUUCAACGCAAACCUAAAAAACUUAAAACGAAGCUUAAAAAAAAAAAACCACCCUCCACUCUUGCUACUCUUAACCCCCAAAUUUUAGCAGUCGCAUCCUAUUUAAAAAAACCGUCAAUCCCUGAGCAUCAUGAUUUGCUGCGAUUAUUUAUUACGUACCCUACAAAAUCCAAAUUGUUGUUAAAUGGUGCUUAUAAUAAAAUACCCGGCCUUUUGCCAAAACAUUCUUCUCACAAAAAUAGUGAAAAUCCUUUUUUAAUUCCCUCACUUUAUGUCGUUAAUGCUUCACAAGACAAUAAACUACAAACUCAUUCUCUCCAUCAUGAAAUAUUUCAUGUUUUAGGACUUUUUGAUGCGCAUACCUUAUCUUCAAAAACAACAAAAACAGAUUUAGCAUUUCAAAAAUUCGAUUCUUUACUUGAUUCCAUUUUGAAACAUUUAAAUGAAACGCUGUAUUCAAAUAUUAUCCAAAAAAAAAGUAACGACAAAAACAAGCAAACGGAAUGUUCCGCUAUAGAUAAAAAUGUUGGACAGAAUAUGCUGACGUUAUUACGCAAUACAAAAGCCAUUGAAAAUCUUGAUGUAUUGCAAUUAUCCUAUGAACAUCAGCAAGAACAAAAACAAGAAGAUAUUCUAUGGAAUAUUUGGCAUCCUGAAUUUCUAUUAAAAAUUUUUGUAAAUAAUUACGUUAAAGAAAUGGACUUACCCGAACCUCAAUUGACUAACGUUUUAUUAGAAUCAUUACGUCACCAAAUUCAUAUGAAGCAGUCUUUUUAUAAAGUUUUUAUUAAAAUUUCCCUACUCCUAAUGUAUCACCUUACCAUUUCCUCACCGUUACAUCUUCCUUUCGCACAAGGGUAUAUUAUGAUCGAUUGUUCUUUUUCCUCCCUUCGAUUAGUAGAUAGCGUUUACUGGAAUAUUUGGAAUACUUUUCAUGAAUUAAAAACUUUUGUUAAUGAUUGGAUCUUAUCGAUCAAUGGACCGAAAGAAAUGUUUUCCACCGUUCUUAUAUGUUUUUUGCGUGAAAUUUAUUUGCAACGCUUGGAAUUUCUUAAACAAAAUCGAGAAACUAUCAUUGACUGCGUUCGAAAAUAUGUUUCGAAUUUUGAAGAGGACACAACCAUAACUACAAACUCUGAUGUUGACUUUCAUGAGAAUCCAUCAAUCCUUGAAGAAAGACAGCGUACUUUAAGAAGUCACCACGCCUAUCAGUUUUUCGAUGGAGAAACAAAGGAACCCGGUACCCUUUCGAAUGCUUUGUUUUCCAACUCUAACGACAGUGCGCUACAUUUAACGAAUACUUUGUUACCUUUGAAAACUAGCAAUAAUUUAAAAGAAGCAACAUACAAUGCUAAUUAUGCUCACUCCACUACUUUACCAGAUCAAGAAAUUUCACAGGGUGUUCGUGAAACAAGUUCCACGUAUCUUUUACAAAAAAUUAGACAACGCUUCAAACCAUUAAUUCUACGCACACCUUGCACAACAAAACUUGAAAACCAUGAUAUUUUAAAUAUCCUAAACCAUACAGUGAGUAUGAGUCAAUUAACAAAAAAAUAUACUAUUGACGGUUGACAUGACUAAAAAAAGUAGAAUGUUGCUAGUUAUUGUUGAGUGUGUUUGUUUGUACAUGGGCGUGAGUUAUCAAGUGAUCUGAAAAGAAUUUAUUUUUACUAAUAAAUAAUCUUUCUUUUUGUACAUGUUAGAUUUUCAUUA